CGACGCGACCACGAGAGAGCACAGUCCAGGGAUUCAGUCAACAUGCCUGUGGCAUCAACCGGCACGGAGCCUGCGGCUGUGCCUCAGGUUCUCGACACCCUGAGCGAUAGCAACAGCUCCACCACUGCCAAUGACCUCGACCUCAUCUUCCUCAAGGGCAUCAUGGAGAGCCCUGUGGAGCCGGAGAUCCCGGGCGAGCCUCGUCUGGAGGCGGUGCGGGACAACAACGUGGAGCUGGUGCAGGACAUCCUGCGGGACCUGAGCCCCUUCACCCACCGCAGCAACACCGCCGCCGAGCUCGCCAGCAUCCUCAACGAGCCACACUUCCAGUCCCUGCUGGAGACUCACGACUCGGUGGCGGCCCAGACGUGCGAGACGCCGCCCUCCAGCCCGUGUGCGUUCAUCGAGGCGCCCGUCCCCACGCUGCCCCCCGUGCCCGCCGACGCCAUCAGGAUGGUGGGCAUCCGCAAGGUGGCGGGAGAACACCUGGGCGUGACGUUCCGCGUGGAGAAGGGCGAGCUGGUGAUCGCGCGCAUCCUCCACGGGGGCAUGAUCGACCAGCAGGGCCUGCUGCACGUGGGCGACAUCAUCAAGGAGGUGAACGGGCGCGAGGUGGCCAACGACCCGCGCGUGCUGCAGGAGAUGCUGCAGGACGCCAGCGGCAGCGUCGUGCUCAAGAUCUUGCCCAGCUACCAGGAGGCCCACCCGCCGCGCCAGGUCUUUGUGAAGUGCCACUAUGACUACGACCCGGCCAAUGACAACCUGAUCCCCUGUAAGGAGGCCGGCCUCAAGUUUGACUGCGGUGAAAUCCUCCUGAUCGUCAAUCAAGAAGAUGUCAACUGGUGGCAGGCGCGGCGCGUGGAGGGCGGCUGCACGGGGCUGAUCCCGAGUCAGCUGCUGGAGGAGAAGAGGAAGGCCUUCGUCAAGACGGACGUGGCGCUCUCGGCAGGUGCGCUGUGCCAUGGGAUCGGUGGGAGGAAGAAGAAGAAGAUGAUGUAUGUGACCACCAGGAACGCAGAGUUUGACAGGCAUGAGUUGCUGAUUUAUGAGGAGGUGGCGAAGGUUCCUCCGUUCCGUAGGAAGACGCUGGUUCUGAUUGGAGCUCAGGGGGUGGGUCGCCGCAGCCUCAAGAACAAGCUGCUGGUGUCCGACCCCCAGCACUACGGCACCACCAUCCCCCACACGUCCAGGAAGCCCAAGGCCGGCGAGAAGGAGAGCCUGAUGUACGCCUUCACCACGCGCAGCAAGAUGGAGGCCGACAUCAAGAACGGGCGCUACCUGGAGUACGGCGAGUACGACGGCAACCUCUACGGCACCAAGAUCGACUCCAUCCACGAGGUGGUGGAGGCCGGCCGCAUCUGCAUCCUGGACGUUAACCCACAGGCUUUAAAGGCUCUUAGGACGUCAGAGUUUCUGCCAUAUGUCGUGUUCUUCGAAGCCCCGGAUUUCGAGGUCCUCAAGGCCAUGAACAAGUCAGCCCUUGAGGCCGGUGUGGUGACCAAACAGCUGACGGAUCUGGAGCUGAAGAGGACUGCGGAGGAGAGUGCUCGGCUCAAGCAGGCGUACGGACACCUCUUCGAUGUCACCAUUGUCAACGAGAGCCUGGACGACACGUACCAAGCUCUCAAAUCCUCGCUGCAGACGCUGAAUGCAACUCAACAGUGGGUUCCGGUGGGAUGGGUCUUUUAAGGAGUAUGUGUGUGUGUGUGUGAGAGAGAUAGAGAGAGUGAGAGUGUGUUAUUUAUUUGGUAUUAUUACAGUUAUUUUAGUUACUAUUUUUUUGGUGACCAAAUAUUCAACAUUCCCAGCUCUGAUAUUUGUGUAUGUGUGAGAGAG